AUUCGCGUAACAAACAGCAGUUCACACAGUAAAAACUUCAGGAAACUUUAAUUGCGUAGAGAAAACCAGAAAAAGGGAUGAGAGUACUCUUAAUACUUUUGGGCACUUUGUUAACCCUUGCGAUUGUUAGCAAUGCCGCCACAAUUGAUUCACAAUUAUACAGCCAAUACCUUUGCCGCUCAAGGGCUGAUGGAUUUAAGGCUAUUGUUCCUGGCAGCUGUUCCCAAUAUUAUGAAUGCCAAAAUAGCGUCAGUAUUUUGAACACUUGUCAGGACUAUUACGAUCCAGUAUCGCAAAGUUGUGUUGUAGAGUCAAAUGGUUGCACUGAAGUACAACCUGCGGUGCCAACUCCGCCCGCUGGAUGCCAGGGAGCUUGUUGUAAUCAAUAUAGUGGAUAUAUUGUAUCCCCAACAAACCCCGCACAAUAUUAUCAAUGCAAAAAUUUCGCUGUAUUGUUAUCGGGCACUUGCGAAAAUGGACAAGAAUUUAAUUUAGCAAAAAAACAAUGCGAUGUUGCCUCACAAUGCGGUGGUAGUAGUUGUGACGAAACCACAACAACCUGCACCACCACUACUUGUGCUCCCAUCACUACAACAACCUGCACCACCACUACGUGUGCUCCAAUAACGACAACCACCUGCACCACCACUACUUGUGCUCCAACUACCACAACUACGUGUACUACUACUACAUGCGCUUCUACCACAACACCAGUUCCAGAAACCACAACAACAUGCACCACAACUACUUGUGCUCCCAUCACGACAACCACCUGCACCACCACUACUUGUGCUCCAACUACCACAACUACGUGUACUACUACUACAUGCGCUCCUACCACAACUCCAGUUCCAGAAACCACAACAACAUGCACCACAACUACUUGUGCUCCAAUCACGACAACCACCUGCACUACCACUACUUGUGCUCCAACUACCACAACUACCCCAACCGCUCCAACCACCACAACUACGUGCACCACUACUACAUGCGCUCCUACCACUACUCCAGUUCCAGAAACUACAACAACAUGCACCACAACUACUUGUGCUCCAAUCACUACAACCACCUGCACCACCACUACUUGUGUUCCAACUACCACAACCACUCCAACUACCACAACCACCACAACUACGUGUACCACUACCACAUGCGCUCCUACCACUACUCCAGUUCCAGAAACGACAACAACAUGUACCACAACUACUUGUGCUCCAACUACCACAACCACUCCAACUACUACAACCACCACAACUACGUGUACCACUACUACAUGCGCUCCUACUACUACUCCAGUUCCAGAAACUACAACAACAUGCACCACAACUACUUGUGCUCCAACUACCACAACCACUCCAACUACCACAACUACGUGUACCACAACCACAUGCGCUCCUACCACUACUCCAGUUCCAGAAACGACAACAACAUGCACUACAACUACUUGUGCUCCAACUACCACAACCACUCCAACUACCACAACUACGUGUACCACUACCACAUGCGCUCCUACCACUACUCCAGUUCCAGAAACUACAACAACAUGUACCACAACUACUUGUGCUCCAACUACCACAACCACCUGUACCACCACUACGUGCGCUCCUACCACUACUCCAGUUCCGGAGACGACAACAACAUGCACCACUACUACUUGUGUAAUCAUUACUACAACUACUUGCACCACUACAACUUGUGCUCCAACAACAACUCAAGCUCCAUGUACGACCACCACCUGUGCUAGCAAUCUUAACAUUCCUGUUGUAGCUCCACUUAAACCAGUAGUUCACGUGAAACCUCCAGCUUACCCUGUUCCUUCUCACGAAUCUCACGAGAAUCACGAAUCAAGCAUUGACUAUCAUAACAUUUACAAUUGUCGCGGAAAACCGAAUGGUUUCAUGUUAGCUUCAAUUCACAGUUGCAAUGACUACUAUAUCUGUCGUCAUGGUGAGCGCCUUCCAGUAAGUUGUGGUGAUAAAUACUUCAACGCCUUAAGAGGUAUAUGUGAUUUACCUGAGAACACAAAUUGUGUACAAGCAGCCGAAAAAAAGAAUACUUUUACGAAUUUCUCUUCAAAUCUUAGAGUAGAUCACUGAAGAUCUUCAGUGAAAUUGAGUGAGAAUACAAGUUGCUACCGAAUCUAUAAAUAAAA